AUGUCAAGCACUGUCUCUAAUAUUGUGCAAUUGGCAGAAAUACAAUCCAAUGACACACAUGUCACAGGUCAGGAAGCCAUUGUGCGACUAUUACAGUCUCGAUUCAAAGCAGAUCAGCCCUAUACACAACUAGGAGAUCAUCGUUUAGUUGUCGUCAAUCCAUUCAAGCCAUUGGAUCUAUUGAAUGAUGCCACAUUACAAGCGUAUGGCCAGCAUGGAUACAAAGACAUUUCACCAGAUCGAUUUGCACCACCAGAGCCUCAUGUGUAUGAUAUGGCAACUCGAGUGUAUCUACUGAUGAGGCGUAGAUCAGAGAACCAAGCAGUGAUAUUAAGUGGAAUGACUGGAUCAGGGAAAUCCACCACACACCACCACUUGAUCAAAGAACUGCUUUAUCUCUCGACACACACACGAAAAGAAGAAAAGACGCAAAAUCAAAUAUUAGGAGUGCACACUAUUUUCGAAGCAUUCGGCAGUGCUGCAUCCAAUACGAAUGAAACUGCAUCUUACCUGGGCCAAUUCCAAACCUUGCAAUUCAAUGAACGAGGGAGGAUUGUUGGAUGCAAUACGUCCGUCUUCUUACUUGACAAGCAUAGAAUCUCUCGCAGCCAUACACAACAGUACACUAUAUUCUACCAGCUAUUAGCAGGCACUACACCCGAUGAGAAGCAGGCACUGCACAUGACACACACCAACUUUAACUAUCUUAAGCAGCUAAACCAGCGCAACUCGCAGCGAGAUCAGAUAGGCUUCAAUGACAUUAAAGCAGCAUUAAAAGUGUGCGGCUUCAAGACCAAGACAGUAGCACAAAUGUGUCAGUUGCUGGCUGCUAUACUUCAUCUUGGCAAUGUGCAGUUUGUGGAUGGCAACAAGCACUUUGUAGGCGGUGAUAGCUCAUUUUCCUCUUUCGCAAGCCCUAACACGACUUCCUCCAACAGCACCAACACAGCAGCAGGUGGCCACGAAUCAUGCCGCAUCAAAAACAAGGAGAUCUUGGUAUUGGUGGCGGCUGCUUUGGGUGUGGCCACUUCCAAACUAGAAACUACAUUGACCCACAAGCUCAAGCUGAUUGGCAACGAAUUUUGUUCCGCCUUCUUGACGACAGAUACAGCCUCACAACAGAGAGAUGCGCUGGCCCAUACGCUUUAUUCUGUGCUGGUGCUGUGGAUCAUGAAUGCCCUAAAUCAGAAGUUUGACACAGCAGCUAACAAUGCCAAUGCUAUGCUGCGCACUAUCAGUAUCCUAGACACUACCGGAUUCCAACUGUCCACCAGCACAACACAACGAGGACGCACAUUUCAUGAUUUAUGUGUCAAUUAUACGGUAGAGCAAUUGCACAAAUACACGUUAGAUCGCACCUUGUUUCCCGACUCGGCCACCAACGCAGCCUGUCAACAAGACGGUAUUUGGCCCAAUCGCAUACCAAUGCAAAUCAGAUCCGUGCCUUCGCCUCUAGCAUUGUUUCAUGGCACCAACAGAAACAGCUUUGCACUGAUUCCUUUAAUGAACAAAGAGUCAAAGCGCUUUCAGGCUUAUGCGUUGGAUGCUACGGACAGCAAUUUACUCUCUGUGCUGUUUCAAAAGAAGAGAUCCAGUCAAAAUAACCCCAGUAAUGAUUACACCACGCUGCUGCAUCCAUCUACACCAUCCUACAGCUUUGCCAUUCGACAUUUUGAUGACUCAGUCAGUGUGGAUUACUCAAUUGAUGGCUUCUUGGAAAGCAAUCUGGAUGCUAUCUCGCCUGAUUUCCUUCACUUGUUCAAGUACAAUUGCACCAAUGCCUUUGUGCAUGGUCUGUUUGAGGCCAAUUCUUUGGCUGGCUGGAUCACAGACGUUCAUCCCAGAGAUGCGCGCACUGUGAUUAAAGCGCAGUUGCCUGUAUGGCCAUCCUCAUCAACAACCAGUGACAACAGCAACAAAAAGAUCACCACGAGAGAGGAGAUCAAAGCAGCAGCCAGCACCGUGGUAGAUGAUUCUCAAAAGAUCGAGCUCGCAGAUGUCAGUGAGGAGAAGCAGCAGCAGCAGCAGCAGCCCCCUAAACCCCGUGCACCCUCUCUCAAGCGAAAGAAAUCUGUAGCAGCAACGCCGCCACCCGCCAGCAACAUACAGUCUGUCUUUGAUCAAGUGGUUCACAGUGUCGAGUCUCUGAAACAAAUAUUGGACACCAUGUGUCUCUCUGAAAUCAUCCACAUCCGUCCCAACGACCAGCAAAAGCCAGACGCAUUCGAUGCAGACUUUGUUCAACGGCAAAUCCAGGCGCUUCGUAUAGCAGAAUUGGCUGUGCACGCUGUGCAUGUUGAUGUGCUGUAUCCCUACACACAAAAGCAGUUCAUGUCGAGAUACAGACAUUUGAUGGACAGUUACUUGCAAGAAGAAGAGAACAGCAGUAGCAGCAUGACAGAUCUGGAUGACACGAUUGUCGAUGACGAUGGCAUUGGCGAUGAUGAUCAUGAAGACCAAGACAUUGAAAAGGAAGACAAGGUCGAAAAGCAAAAGCAAUGCAUCUCGCACUGGGUUCAAGUCAUGAAAUGGACACACCAGCAAAUUAAAUUUGGCAAAAACGACAUUUGGCUGACGUUUGAUCUCUGGAGAAACUUGGAGAACCAGGUACGCACCAUGGAGAAAGAGGCUCGACUGCGUGAAAAGGAGAGGUUGGCUGCCAUAGAAGCUGAGAAGGAAGCCAUGCGACAAGCAGCCAUUGAAGCAGCACUAGAGGCAGAAGAGUACGAAGCAGCACAGAAAGCAGCGGCAGAGGCAGAAGCAGAGGCAGAAGCAGCCGCGCAAGCAGCAGAGAUUGCAGUCAUUGCAGCAGACAGAUGGUCCAGUGAUAAGAAUCAAUUUGAUGAUGAUUGUCGGUCAGAUAUGACAAACGAAGAUGACCGUACAGAGAUCGAAACACACUUCGAUCAGCCUGGUAAACGAAGCGAAUGGGGAGACGACGAUGAUGACACGAGAGGCAUCGCUGAAGGAUAUGGUCCCAACUUGGACAUGAGUAAAAUGAUGGAAGACUACAGUGUUGAGCCAGAGGAACAAGUGGAGGAAGUAAACAUUUCUAGCAUUCGUCGAUGGUGGGCUCGGUUUGUCUAUUUCUCUACAUGGUGGGUUCCCUCUUUCACGUUAAAAUACAUUGGCAAAAUGUCUCGUCAAGACGUUCAGAUGGCAUGGCGUGAGAAGGUGACCUUGUGUCUACUGAUCUUUGCCUUCUCUGGCAGCAUCAUUUUUUUCAUCGUGGGCUUGAGCCAGAUUAUCUGUCCUGGAACCAAGGAUCUCUACUCUGCAGAAGAUGUCACCAACCAUCAAACCAUCAGUGAUUACUGGGUGUCUGUUCGAGGCACUGUGUAUGACAUGACCAAGUUUGUAGCUACCGAUCAUGGCACUGCAGCCUACAUGGCUGGCAAGUCUAACCUGGACCCUUUGGCCGGUCGAGACCUGUCGUAUACGUUUCCUCCUCCUUUAUCUGUUGCUUGUGCUGGCUUAGUCUCUGACCCCAUUAUCACUGUAACCCCAAAUGAAACCGUCGUAUUGGGUCCCUUUGUCCACUUUUCUGGUCCUCAGCAACCCGAGCGCUCCCUGGAUAAACUACAAGAUCCUUACUGGCUCAACAAAUAUUUUGGACCUACCAUGAACAUUUACAAGCGAGGCGAUUUGGUAAUUCCUAUGAAGCAGAUCAAAGACGACUACUCGAGCUGGGGCCGAUUGAUUGCCUCCAUUGAUGACAAGGUGUACGAUUUGACAGAUUACAUGGCUUCUGCUCGGAGAUAUCCUAGUGCCAGUGCUGGUGUUCCCAAUUACCAUUAUUUGGAUCCAUCCAUUGAGACCUUGUUCAGCAAGUUUGGCGGAAAGGACGCCACUGCAGAAUGGAACAGAUACAGUGCUGCCAUGGAUGAACAAACAAAGAUCAAAAACAAGGCGUGCCUGGACAAUGUGUUCUAUAUUGGCCGUCUGGAUUACCGUGAAUCACUCAAGUGCACAUUUGUCAACUACUUACUACUGAGCUUUGCAGUGGUCAUGUCGGCGGUCAUCCUGGUCAAGUUUCUGGCAGCAUUGCAAUUUGGAAGUGCCCCUACACCCGAGGAUCACGACAAGUUUGUCAUCUGUCAGGUGCCUUGCUAUACAGAAGAUGAGGAAUCACUGCGCAAAACCAUUGACUCGCUCACCGCCAUGACCUAUGACGAUAAACACAAGCUGCUGUUCCUCAUUGCAGAUGGCAUGAUUAUUGGAAGUGGUAACGACAAACCAACGCCUCGCAUUUUGCUCGACAUUUUGGGCCAUGAUGAAAACGAUGAUCCUGAGGCACUGAUGUUCAAGUCAAUCGGCGAGGGUUCCAAGCAACUGAAUUAUGGUAAAGUAUAUUCCGGUGUGUAUCAGCAUGAAGGUCAUGUUGUUCCCUAUGUGGUGGUGGUCAAAGUGGGUAAAUCCAGCGAACGCGCCAAGCCUGGUAACCGUGGUAAGCGAGAUUCACAGAUCAUUUGCAUGAACUUUCUGAACAAGGUCCAUUUUGACUCUGAAAUGUCUCCUCUGGAGCUGGAAAUCUUUUAUCACAUCAAGCACAUCAUUGGUAUCGAGCCUAGGCUGUACGAGUAUAUCCUCAUGGUGGAUUCUGACACGGAAGUCUAUCCAGAUGCCCUGAAUCGACUGGUAUCGUGCAUGCUGCAUGACAGCCGCAUCAUUGGUUUGUGUGGUGAAACUGAAUUGGGCAACGAGGAUCGCUCUUGGACUACAAUGAUACAGGUCUAUGAGUACUACAUUUCGCACCAUUUGGUCAAAUCUUUCGAGUCACUGUUUGGGUCUGUCACUUGCUUGCCAGGAUGCUUCUGUAUGUACCGUAUCCGCACAGCAAGCAAGCACCAACCGCUGAUUGUAUCGCCCAAUGUCAUUCAUGCUUACUCGGAUAACCAAGUCGAUACACUGCACAAGAAGAACCUGCUGCACUUGGGCGAAGAUCGAUACUUGACCACAUUGAUGAUGAAGAAUUUUCCUCAAUACAAGAUGAUGUUCACGCCGUAUGCGAAAUGCAGAACAGUUGCGCCAGACCAAUGGCGCGUAUUGCUGUCUCAAAGAAGACGAUGGAUCAACUCGACUAUUCACAACCUGCUGGAACUCAUUCUGCUCCAAGAGCUAUGCGGCUUUUGCUGUCUUUCCAUGCGAUUUGUGGUAUUAACCGACCUCAUUGGCACCAUCACGCUCCCUUCUUCUGUCAUCUACCUCAUCUAUCUUAUAUACGAAGUCAUCUCUGGGUCUGGACCUAUACCCACAAUUGCGCUUGGCAUGCUGGCAGGUGCUUAUGGUCUUCAAUCCCUCAUCUUCAUCUUCAAAAGACAGUGGCAGCAUAUUGGCUGGAUGGUCAUCUACAUGCUUGCUAUUCCCAUCUUUAGUUUCUUUAUUCCUCUCUAUGCAUUCUGGCAUUUCGAUGACUUCUCAUGGGGGAAUACGCGUGUGGUAGUGGGCGACAAGAAGAAGCAGAUUAUUGUCACCGACGAUGAAAAGUUUGAUGAAAAGAUGAUACCACUCAAGAAAUGGGCCGUGUACGAGCAAGAGAUGUGGGAAACCAAGACAUUGCGAUCCGAAGUAACUCAUUCCAAAUGCUCUGUUUACUCUUGCGACGAUGACGAAAUGCCUAGCGUCUAUAACAGAUCAUAUAAUGAUGACCACAGCUUACAGAGCCAUCCCAGCUUCAUGACAAGCAGCAAAUCAAACUCCAACCACACCAUAAACAGUCGAUAUCAGCUGCUACCUCCACUUAUAUCUAGCUUCUCGGACAAUAACUCACUUGGCCUCGACCUUUCAUCGGUAUUCAGGCCCAAUGCAUCACCAUCAGCAGCAGCAGAGGAUAGUAAUGGUAUGAGAAGAGAGGAUAUCAAAGUGGCCAUGCUGCCAGAGGACAACGACAUAGAGAAGGAGAUCAUCAGAAUUUUGACUAGUUCUAAUCUUAUGACAUUGACCAAGAAGCAAGUGCGAGAUCAACUAUCCAAGAUAUUUGGAGUUGAUUUAACCAUCAAAAAAGGAUUCAUUAAUGCAACCAUUGAGCGCCUUUUAGAGCAAGACUUUUAG